UUGGGCGGCGUGAUCUCGCCGCGCUCCCGCGGCGCUGCCGCCGCCGCCGCCGCCAGCGGAGCGCAUCGGGCGCCCAGGGAGAGUGGCCAUGGAGGGCGCCGAGGACUGGCCGGGUCAGCAGCCGGAGCUGGACGAAGACGAGGCAGCGGCUUGCCGGCGCUGGGGCGCGCAACACGCUGGGGCCCGCGAGCUGGCCGCGCUUUACUCCCCAGGCAAGCGCUUCCAGGAGUGGUGCUGCGUGGUCCUGUGCUUCGGCCUCAUCGCCCACAACUUCGUCCACCUCCUGCUGCUGGCCUGCUGGGAGCACACACCCUUCGUCAUGCUGGGCAUCAUCACAGGGGCUUUCAUUGCUGACUUCCUGUCUGGACUGGUGCAUUGGGGUGCCGACACCUGGGGCUCCGUGGAGCUGCCCAUCGUGGGCAAGGCAUUCAUCCGACCAUUCCGGGAGCACCACAUCGACCCGACAGCCAUCACGCGGCACGACUUCAUCGAGACCAAUGGGGACAACUGCCUGGUGACACUGCUGCCAUUGCUGAACAUGGCCUACAAGUUCUGCACAAAGAGCCCCGAGGUCCUGAGGCAGCUGUACCCCUGGGAGUGCUUCGUCUUCUGCCUGAUCAUCUUCGGCACCUUUACCAACCAGAUCCAUAAGUGGUCACACACGUACUUCGGGCUGCCACGCUGGGUCACCCUCCUGCAGGACUGGCACAUCAUCCUGCCACGUAAACACCACCGCAUCCACCACGUCUCGCCCCACGAGACCUACUUCUGCAUCACCACAGGCUGGCUCAACUACCCUCUAGAGAAGAUUGGCUUCUGGCGACGCCUGGAGGACAUCAUCCAGGCCCUGACGGGCGAGAAGCCUCGGGCAGACGACAUGAAAUGGGCUCAGAAGAUCAAAUAAACCCCUCUGAGCCUGCCACCUCCUUGCCAACCUGCCCCAGUCCCCGAAACUGAAGCCAUCUGCCAAAUCUCAGCCUCCUCACUGCUGGUCCCUCCAGGUGGAGAGGCUGCCUCCUGGGCUGGGCCCGGGCACCCCCAGCCCACCCCUCGUGACACAGAAUACUUGAGCCACUGAUUUUCCAUUUCCUUUUUUCGUUUUCUUUCCUCUGCCCCUCCCCAGCCACUUGAGCUGCUGUCUGCCAAGCCUCAGAGUCUGCAGGAAAGGAGCCCCACCCUGCUACCUGUCCCUCGGGCAGAGGGGACGCUUACCUGCUCCUUAUACCCCCAGUGCCCCACAGGACAGCCCUUCAGCUUGGCUGGCUUCUGAGCCACUGAGUUGUCUUUACCUGUCCCUCCUUUUUCUGGCCCCAGUAGUCUGGAGAGCCCCAGACACAUGAAGUGUCUGUGGGGCAUGGCCUGGCAGACGGACCAAGCCUUCGCCUUCAGCCCAGCCUGUCUGCUCAAGGACAGCAGAGCUCAAUAAAGGCUCCUGGGGCCAGGUGGCCAGAAGAGGCCGGAGUCCCCUGCCCAAGUCUGGACCCCCCUUAUCCCUACCUGUCUGCCCACCUGGUUCCAGCCAGUGCUGAUGUUUCCAACCUGAGGACGUCUUCACAGGGCACAGCCCCUGCAAGGGGCCUUGGCCAGUUGGAAGGGAACAGUGUCCCCUUGGUCAGGGGUGUGUCAGGGAAGGAAGAAUGGGGCUUUUUUGAUUUGGUUUUUUUUUUUUUUUUUAAAGGUGCUUGCUUGUUUAAUGUAAAUAAUAGAAAGCCUUAAUAUCUUUUCGGUAUCACGGAGUAAUAUUUUAAUGUCAUGUUUUGGAUGUAAAUAAUAUAUUUAUAACAAAGCAGCAAGAGUCUACUUAACCUCAGCUGCCUUGUGGUGUUUCCUGGUUGACCCUGGUGGGGAAGGGGUCAAUAAAGGAGCCCAGGGGCGAGGCCCCACUUCAAUCCAGUCCCACCCCACCCCCAGUGUUGGAUUCAGGCUGAGGUUUUGGCCACUUGAAUCAGUGACUUAAUGUUGAUACCUGCUUCAAACACUUUCCCAGGGGACCCCCAAUUUGGUGGGGGAAGGCCUUCUCACAGGAGAUCAUGAUGAUGGGAUCAGUGAAGGCCAAUCCCUACUCGUGAAUUCAUUCAGCAAAUGUAUAUUGGUGCCUAGUGUGUGCCAGGCUCUGGCCUGGGCGUGGGAGUUCAGCAGCGAACAAAAGGACAAGGACCUGCCCUGGUGGGGCUGAACUCCUGUGGAGAAAGAGAGACAAUAAACAUAAAUACAUGCACCUGGAAAUUCAGAUGGUGAUUUGUAAAGAAAAUCAAAUAGGAUGGAACCACAUCAGAAAAGCAGGGUGAGGGCUGCUCUAGCAGAUUGGUCAGGGAGGGCCUCUCAGUGUUGGCGAUGUUUAGGCUGAGACCUGGAGGAGGAGCUGGAGCUAGCAGGGGAAAGAACUGUGGGAAGAGGACUCUUGACGGACAGCUAGUGCAAAGGCCCUGAGGCAGGAACAAGCUUGGGACUUAUGGGAUAGGCGGGCAGCCAGUGUAGCUAGAGUGAAGUGAGCAAGGGGAAAGUGGGAGGAAAUGAGUGUGGAAGAAUAAGGGCUUGUUAUAUGAAACCUCAUAGGCUAAGGGGAGUGGGGAUGCACUGAACAUUUCAAGUGAGUAUCUAGAUCAUCUAUUCAUUCAACAAAUUUUUAGGCACCUAUUGUGUUGGCCUAAAUAGUAAUUCAGUAGUCAACAACACAUUACAAUCUCAUCUGGUCUGGGCUAGAUAGUUACUGCAAUAUUAGGAAGAAAAAGAAAGAAAGCCUAUUGCGGACAGGGAAAUGAUAAAAAUCCCUUUAGAACAGCCACUGAUAAGACAUUUAGCUUUUUUGUUGUUUUUAAUGUGGCCAAUAAACUUCAUUUUCCUUAAAGUUUGCCCAUCACUAGAUCUGACUAUUUUGAUUUGUGACUGUGUCUGAGGGAACCAUAGAAGGAAGGAGUAUUCAAACUAGCCAACUUGUAAAUGACAGAAAACUAUAAUUUAAAAAGAAAUUAAUAAUUAAAAUAAUUUUAUUGGUUCAUGUAACUGAAAAGUCCAAAGGUGGUCCUGACCUAAGGUUUGGCAGGACCCAGGGCUCACAUGAUUCAGCAGAACUUGGUCUGUCUAGCUCUGUUUUCUCUAAUUGAGACUUGACACUGGAUCAGUUUGGCAUUGCCAAUGGGAAGAGUCUUUCCUCCCUAUACUUGCUGCAAAAGUCUCAGGGUAGGUUCUCAUUGGCUUGGAUUGGGUCAUGUGCUUACCCUUGAACCAAUCACCUUGACCAGGGUACGAAGCGUUCUGAUUGGCCAGGGCUGAAACUCUCCACUCCUGAGGUUGCAAAAGGGUGGAGUUAGCCCUUUCCAAGCCUCCUGGGCUGAGAGGAGGGCAGGAUGAUUCCCAAAAGAAUAAUGAAAGUGUUUCCAAAAGAAGUCAGGGGUGGAUGGGGCAGACAGCCAAAUUUCAGAGGGGCCAAUUUCCUGCCCCCAAGACCUGCUGGGGGAUUCUCUGGCCAAGCCCAUUCCAGUUUCCCUAGAGCCAGGGAAAGAACCCAGACUGGGUCCAGAGACAUAUUUUGACUCGCCCAAAGUCCCACAGCUGGUCACAGCAUAGCCAAGCUCAAACCCAGACUGUCUUGCUACUCCUGAGACCUGUGGCCUAGAAAAGUACUUUUCAAAACUGGAAGGAGGUAUGUUCUGUGUCAGGUUUGGGGUUGUUGGCGUCACUUGUGAGAUGGAGGCAUUGCAAACAAGUGCCUAGCAGGGCCCAGCAAGGGGAAAUGCUAAUACCAAUGCUAGAUUCUGUGCAGAGAGCUCCAAAGACCUGCACUCAUCAGCCAUCCCUGCAACUCUGAGAGGUGGGUACUAUAGUCCUGUUUGCAAAUGGGGAAACUAAGGCACCAAGCAGUCACAUAACAUGCCGAGGAUCACACAGCUAGUGGUAGCAGAGACGGGAUGUGAGCCCAGGGCUGACCAAGAGCCCCUGCAUUAACAUUCACGCCGCUGCUCCCGCUCCCGUGGAGAGAGGGAGGCUGACAGGUGUCAAGUGAGAACUCUGUCUACUUUGAGAAAACAGCACAUGCAGGAUGAGAAAUGGCAGCUGAGCUGGGGACUGGCAUGGCCUGGAGACAUCAGGCCCCAGCCGGCAGCUGCUACUUGCAUCAGCUGAUUAAAGAGGAAUCAGAAAUCAGGAUUUUAAAAAUAGUGGCUCCAUUUAUAAAAUGUACUGUGGACAAAAUAAAACACAUGAAGGGAUGGCCUGGUUUUAGGUGGGUUUGUGCUGCUGUCAGUAGAGUGGGGUGGUGGCAAUGCAGGGCAAACAUGCUUUCCAGCUCCACUGGCAAUAUGCAACGCCCGUGGUGCCUCACUUUUCCUUAGAGGGAGUCUGAGGACACGCCUCAGGGCACAUACCCCAACUUUAACCCUUACCCUCUUUUGAUAAGCCUGAAAAUUUCAAGCACCCCUUUUAGACAUUAUUUUGUGAUUAAUGCACGCAUAAGGUAAAGAAUAAGAAACAACAUAAAAGGGUCUAGAGGGGGGGCCAGCCAACCACAGUCAGAGGGCCAAAUCCGGCCCAUCUGCUUUUCUCUAGCCCACAAGUAUUUUUAAAUGGUUGAAAAAAGAAGAUUCCCUAACAGAUGCAGAUGAUAUGAAAUUCAAAUUUCAGUGUCCAUCAAUAAAGUUUUAUUGGAACACAGCCAUGCCCAUCCCCAUUUGUGUUGACUGAGUUGAGUAGCAGCGACACAGAACCAAUGCCCGCAAAGCCUAGAAUAUUUCCUAUCUGGCCCUUUACAGAAAAAGUUCCUGACCCCUGGUCUAGAGUGGCAGAAAAAGUUACCGGCCCUGGGUCUAGAGUGAAGAGUAAAUUUCUCUCACACCCAUGUUCUCCAAGCCCCUAGUUCCCUUCCCCAGAGGCCAUCAUUUCAACAAGACCCUUGCAAGUUCCCUACUUCGGACAUAGAGGCUUGUCUGUCCCUCCCUGACUCUCACACAAAAGGAGGAUGUUAUACACACAGAUAUGUAUCUUGCAUUUUUUUUUCACACUAUAUUUUGGAGAUAGUUUUCUAUCAAUAGUGAGAAGCCUUCCUUAUUCUUUUCUUUUUUAGAGCUGCAUACAUUCCAACAUUGGGAUGGCCCAUCAAUUUUUAAUCCACUUUUUUUUGAGGUAAUGUGCACCAGAGAACUUAAGUCUUUGCUCAGAAAGGCCAAUUCCUAGCAAUCAAAUUGCUGGUCAAAGGUAUGUGUGUUUUAAAUUCUGAUAGCUCCCUCCCAAUUCUCUUCCACAGAGGUUGUGCUGGUUUAUACUCUCACAGCUUUUGAGAGUUUCUCCACACCCUUGCCAACACAGUGAGUUAUCAAAUGUUUCGUUCUCUGCCAAUCUGAUAGGUGGUUUUAAUUUGCAUUUCUCUUACUGAAUUACAUGAAAUCUAAGAUGUCAUCCAUUGUAAGAUGCAUCCUGAUUCCAGAGAUGUUUGAAUGUAAAACUUUGCAUGUUAGAAUCAUUGAAAUACAGCAUGUAGAGUGAGAUUGGGUAUCUUGUCAUGAGUUUAAAAGGCAUUUGACUCUUUAAUUUUCUUUGUGUCCUUUGCCCAUUUUUCUUGGUAGGCAGGGUAGCAGUGGAUAAGAGCUUGAGGCUCAAAUCCAAGCUCUGCCACUUAGAAGCUGUGUGACUUUGGACAAGUUACUUAACCUCUCUGUGCCUCAGUUUCCUUAUCUGUAAAAUGGGGAUAAUAAUGGUUCCUACCUCAUAGGAUUGUUGUGAAGAUAAAAAUGAAUUAAUAUGUACAAAACACUAUGUGCCUGGAGCAUAGUAAAUGCUCAAUAAAUGUUUGCUAUUAUUA